AUGGUUGUGGUCCUGCAGGUGAUUAAUGCUGGUAAGAGUGCACUGAACGAGGACCAGGCCUGCUGCGAGGUGGUCGUAGCAAGAAGGAGGCCAAUGAGCUACUGCCCUCCCUCCACGCCCAGCAAGACCCCCACGGCCAAGAGACGCAACUCCCUGCCCAACGGAGAGAGCCUGGGGCUCCGUGUGGAUCACAGCAAGCUAGGAGAAGACAGUGAAGGUCUGGUGUUCCACUACUGGGGCUUGUUCGAUGGUCACGCUGGCUCAGGUGCAGCGGUUGUCGCCUCCCGCCUACUGCAGCACCACAUCGCCUGCCAGCUCCAGGCCGUCAUCGAGAUCCUACGCAACCUUGCUUGCUUGCCCCCGACUGUCCUGGGUGAGAAUCCCGACAACAACCCCUACCUCCAGGGAAACACCACAGGGCCUCACCGAGCCCUGACCCGGGCCGCUUCUCUGCGCGGCGCAACAGGUGCACCAGGUUCCCCGUGCAACACCCCGCCACCGCCACGCUUCUAUACUGAGAAGAAGAUCCAGCAUGAGAGCCUGGUGAUAGGAGCCAUAGAGAACGCCUUCAAAGAGAUGGAUGCCCAGAUUGAGCGGGAGAAGCAGGUCUUUAACAUCACAGGAGGAUGUACAGCGCUCACUGUGGUUUACUUGUUAGGAAAGCUGUAUGUUGGGAACGCAGGUGACAGCAGGGCAAUCAUCAUCAGAAACAACGAGAUCAUCCCCGUGUCGACGGAGUUCACCCCAGAAUCAGAACGGCAGCGACUCCAGUUCCUGGGUUUCAUGCAGCCUCACCUGUUAGGAAAUGAGUUCACACACCUGGAAUUUCCCCGAAGAGUUCAGAGGAAGGAGGUGGGCAAGAGGAUGCUCUACAGAGACUUCACCAUGAAUGGAUGGGCGUACAAGACCAUCGAGGAUGAAGAUCUCAAGUUUCCACUGAUAUAUGGUGAAGGGAAAAAGGCACGAGUGUUGGCUACCAUCGGUGUGACGCGAGGACUCGGUGACCAUGACCUCAAAGUUCAUGACUCCAACAUCUACAUCAAACCGUUCCUGUCCUGUUGCCCUGAGGUUCAGGUCUAUAACCUGGCGCAGUAUGAGCACGGGGCUGAUGAUGUUCUGGUAAUGGGAACCGACGGCCUCUGGGACGUCCUCUCCAACCAGGAAGUAGCCGAAACCGUCACCACAUUCCUGGCCAACUGUGACCCCGAUGACCUACACAGGUAUACGAUGGCAGCACAGGACCUGGUGAUGCGAGCGCGUGGCGUGCUGAGGGACCGAGGCUGGAGAAUCACCAAUGAGCGCCUGGGCUCCGGAGACGACAUCUCGGCCUUCAUCAUACCGCUGAUGUACGGCAACAGUCAGCCCUGAGAAGCCCCACAGAGAGGCGGAAGGCUCUUCAACCAACAGGACUGAUUUGAACUGAGAAUCCCUGUUCAGUUUCCUCAGUGUCGUUUGCACAUUUACUUUCUUCCUUCCUUUAGAAGGAUGUACUAAUGUUUGGAGAUUUAGAUUUGUUUUCAUAUCUCUUUAGGAGUUCAUUGGUCAGCCACCAAAUUUGGCUGCUCAGGGGACACGGCAGUCAGCUCCGCUUCCAUCAUCGUUUGUUUUAUAAACUCAAAAACAUGAACAUUUGUGUCAUGAAUCCAAAUUGUCAAGAAAUAAUUGUAUCUAUUUAAAGUUAAAAGUGAUGGAGUGAAAACAUCUUGACGGCCCCUGAACUCCUGCAGAGAUGUGAACGCUGAAAGACGAAUGCUCUUCCAAAGUGAAGAAAAUACCUCUUUUCUUUCUGCCCUUCUUCCCUCUUGCAGUGCUGUACAUGGCUCCUCUUCUUCCUUCUCCUUUAGUCCUCCCCUCUUCUCCUUCAGCGUUUAUAAAGAAACCUCCUUCGUCUCGUGACCGCGGGCAGAGCUGCCAGGUCAGUCGCGUUUUCCGUUUCGCCACAGUGUGGCUUUGAAGGACUCACUUGAAGAAGAACUGCUUCCAGAUCACAGACUCAUUGUAGCAUUGAGAUUUUAGUGUUUCCAUUCUCACAGUCUUGUUUUACUCUGGAGUAAGAUCUCUUCAGCCUGUAUGGAUCAACAUAGUUUGAGAUGGUUUAUGGUUGAAUUGGCAUUAUUUUAACAUCUGCAUAGAAAGAAAUUCACAAUUUAUUUAAUCCUAGUCUUAACAUUUACAUUUUUUGCGAAAAAUCUAUGUUGCUUCAUGAAACAUCCAUGCUUUGACUUUAUGAGAUCAUCGAUGAUCUCAUCGCAAGAAAGCAAAUAUGUUAACCAGUUCCUUUUGAGUAAAUAUUUUGUACAAUGUGCACUAGGGGUGGGCAAUAUGAAGAUAUAAAUCGACAAAACGAUAUAAAAAUGUAUUUUUUUUAAGUGACCCUCAUAAGAUUUAACAUUAGAUUAUGAUUUGUACAUCAGUAUGAUCGCACUUUAGGCCCUGAAAUAUUCCCUGCAACAGGGAGAAUUUAAUUAAAUACAUAACUGUAAUAAGAAAUUAAUGAAUCACAAUCAAAGUCACAGAGAAGGAAACAAAGUUUUGCUUUGACAUGUUUUGCAUGUUUCAUACGCUUUAGAGGCUCGGUACAGAUCCCAUUUGUGUUUAGGGGGACAUGUGGAGCUACGUGUACGGAGUUUGAAUGUAGUGAUUUCCUGUGUGUCAGUGCAUGCAGUGACAUAUUGUAGGCCUGGGAAUAUGAGCGACGGUGCAAUGGUUUACACUGCGGUUUGUUUUUAUAUGGACUGAAUUUGUAUUUCUGUAAUGUAUCGAAGCGUUAGUGAUGAUGGUGUUUGUUUGUAAAUGUGCGUAGACCAUUUCUAAGGUUGUUGUUCCUUUAGAGUUAUUGGCAUCCCAGACAUUUAGCAUAAGAGCUAAGGGUGUGAUUUUUUUUUUUACUUGUUGAUUGUACUUUAGAAAGAAAAGCAGCCAUGAAGAGUUUAGCUUGUCUGAAAAAAAAAAAAAAAAUCUUUUUUUUCUUCCCUACAUUAUUAUUCUGUGUUCAUACAGGCUACACUGCUCAGCCGAUCACAGUGGGUUGAGAUGUGGGGGAUGAAAGGUAGUCUGGGAGAAGGAGACACUUAGACUUCAGAGGAUCAAUAAAAAGUGGUCAUCAUUUUAGAAACGUUUGAUUCCAGUUUGAGAAAGAAAAAAAAAUUGACUGCAUAACAUUACCCCCCCAUUAGAGGAUAUGUAGAGUUUUGGAGCAGCACUGGUUUACUUUAGACUUACUGUAAAGUGAGAAUAUGUCUCCUUAUUUCAUAAAAAUGGGGCCUACAGGCAAUUGACUGAAUCCAAAGAAGUUCAUUUGGAAAUGGUGCAGUGCCAGGAUGAGAAAGCCAUUGUUAAAGGAACAGUUUGACAGUUUGGGACAUGGGCCCCCAUUUAAACAAUCUCUAGCCCAAGUGCAUUUAGGGCGUGUCUAACUCCACUUUAGCUACUCAAACAGCACAUGAUCUGAAUACUUUUUUAUCUGAAUAAUGCGCCUUUUUAAAUAGCAGGAAAAUACCGCAACAUUGACUUUAGAGCAGGUUCUUGUUGAUCAAUGGUGCAGUCGCUUCAAGACACCACACCUUAUUUAAAGAUGGCCGCACAGAUGGCACAUGUACAUUUGCUACUUUCGUAAUGUGGGUGCUGUGCAUGCAAAUGACAACUAUGCCGGAAUAAAACUGACAAUGACAGUUGCGCUGUGCUGUGCGCCGACUUGCGGUGGGUAUAAGAUGGAGCCUUUUCCCAAGAUGUCGAACAUUUGUUUUACGUCACAUGAUAUGUGCCACAGUGUAGCGUGGGCUAUUUAUCAUCUUAGCUUUGACAAUUAAUUAUCGACAUUCCUCCAAGCAGCAGUCAUUUGUAUUUGCCUAAAGUUAUAUGGUGCAUUUUUCCUCGGGUACAUUCCAUCAAAGAAAUAUUUUAUUUAAACAUUCUGUCAUUAUUAUUUUUUGUUGCAUCUUUAAUUACAUUAAGCUAUUAGACAGUUACCAAGUUUUUUUUUUAAAUUGUUCUCUAUUUAAUUUAUUGAAUGCGUUUUGUUUUUUCAAGUCUGUCCUGCCACCACAUUAUUUUCUUGGCAUGUCCUCUGAGCAGUAUCAGAAAACCCGGCUUCAUCCGACUCAGAGAUUGAAUGUUUUGAACUGCAAACAAACAUGUUAAGACAACGUCUGAAUGAUGCAUCAGAAUAUGUGUUGAAUGUUUAUUAAGCCUUUUUCUCUUAGAAGAAUGUCAAAGAUUGAAUAUAUGAUUUAUUUUUGUCAUCCUACUGUGCCACCCAACUGCUGCACAUCAACUCAGGUUCAAUUCUCAUGUGUAGUUUGAGUGGACAAGCCGUUAAGAGGGAUUUUCUGAAGGCAGGGAGUCCUCAGGGCGCUUUAUUCGUUCCACUACAUUUGUAAAUACAUCGGAAAGGAAACUCUUAGACUUGAAAGUUUACUUUGUACCUUCAGCCCGACUGUUGGUUUCCCCUUUUUGAAGUUGCUAUAUUGUGAAAGUAGUCACUGCUGUUGUUUUUCUACCUUUAGACUAUAAAGGUUGGUGGAAAUCGAGAAGGGCUGGAAGGUUUUAACUGUAGCAAAGAGGAAGUUUGAAGCCCAGUGGGGAACUGUUUUUAAGUAACCAUUGUUUUACCCUCAACCUUUGUUUGUGAAUGUGAAAUGUACAUUUUGUAUAACAAUAAGAUAACCUAUGAAGUUGAAAUAUUUUUAAUGUUUCAUUGUGAAACUCUGACUUUGGGGGUGAGAAAGCAAUGUUUACCUUCAGUGUUUCUUUACCAGAAAUUUAAAAAAGAAAAUAAAUGUUAAAGAUAAAUGUAUGAUGUGUAGUUUGUGUCAUUAAAAAAAAGUAAAAAUCGAAUGUAAA